CUCAACACUGCGCCUCAAACCCUGUCCGCAUUCCUCCAAAACUUUCUCUUCCUAAUAUCUUCACGCGUCUGUCAGCGCUUACUCUCCUUUGAAAUCUUAAGGAUUCUUGGAAUCAUGAGUAAUAAAUAUGGUGCAGGAGGCUCUCAAACAUCUUUCCGAUCUUCCAUACAUGGUGGUCUUCCUCGACACUCGACCUCUACUAGACCGCCAAUGAAGAAGCCUGAUUUGAAAAGAAAGUUAGUAGUGGUUGGAGAUGGAGGGUGCGGGAAGACAUGUUUAUUGAUUGUCUAUGCCGAGAAUCGGUUCCCUGAGGCGUAUAUCCCGACGGUUUUUGAGAACUACGUAACUCAAGUGAACUUCGAAGGGAAGGAAAUUGAACUUGCGCUCUGGGACACGGCCGGACAGGAAGAAUAUGACCGAUUACGGCCACUCAGCUACCCUGAAAGCGAUGUUAUCUUGAUAGUGUUCUCCAUAGAUUUUCCCGUCAGCUUGGCUAACGUACAGGAUAAGUGGUAUCCUGAAGUAGCCCACUUCUGCGAGGGCGCACCCCUCAUCCUCAUUGGCACAAAGAUCGACCUCCGCAAAGAUGAAACGACUCGUCGAAUGCUGGGUGCCCAGGGUCAAACGACAGUUACCCCAGAACAAGGCCAAGCAGUUGCUAAGGAAAUUGGCGCGAAGUACAUGGAGUGCAGUGCCAAAACCGGGCAGGGUGUCAGGGAUGUAUUUAAUGCAGCUCUGAAAGAAAGCGUAAAAGGCCGGUGGAGGAUUAAAUCAGGCCCAAAGUACACGAGAUGUGUCAUUCUUUAAUCGAAGCGGAAUGUGUUUUCGAUUCUGCUGAUGUCAUUUUGUUGAUAUCUACUGUUGUAAUAUAAUGUUAACACUCUGUUUAUCUGAGACACU